GGGAGGAUAUGGUGGGGGCUCUAUCCGCCGUGGGCUCGUCGGUUGUGGAAUCACACACGUCCCCAUUUCUGUGCCUCGACUCACUUCCCACGAGCGCGAGUCUCAAGAGCGGCGGAGAUGUGGUCGGUCUGCGUAGAAGCCCCUGGGGAAGGGAGCAACUCUGGAGGCCCGGGUCGUUGGAGCUGGGGAGCUCGUUCCUCGAUUCGUGGAACCAUCGGCGGCUCCACGCCAAGUCGGUGCCCAGGAACAUGAGCCGUCGCUUCUCGAACAAGCCGCGGAAGCACCGGAGCUUCAAGAUCGCGAGCGAGGUGGCCGGGCAGUAUGAAGACAGCUUCGAGGAUGUCAAGACGCAAAUACUCAAUUACUUCACGUAUAAAGCCGUGAGGACGGUUCUCAACCAGCUGUACGAGAUGAACCCGACGCAGUACAGGUGGCUUUACGAUGUCACUGCUUCAUAUCUGUUGGCCAGAUUUGUUGCGACAAACAAGCCUGGAGAUGGAAAGCGUUUCAUCAGCAUACUGGGAAAGGAUACGAAAGAAGCAGUAGUAACUUUGCAUAUCCUCCCUCCCUCUCUGAUCUUAGGAGAAGCACGAUCUUGCGGAGAGAGUAAUGAUCACACGUCUUCACCUUUAUGGCAAAUGGAUCAAGAAAUGCAAUCAUGCUGAAAUAUACCAAGAGAUAUCUGACGAGAACUUGGAGUUGAUGCGUGAACGACUCAUGGAGACUGUUAUUUGGCCAUCAGAUGAUACAAACACAGAGAAGAUUGGCUAAGAUGUUGCAUCUUCACAUUCCAUUCGUUUGGUUAUACGUCUGUCAGUUGUUAGCUUACUUCACCCUUACUGAGCUUCAAUCUUAAUUUUCCCUUGCCUACAAUGUGUAAAUAGUUCCUAGAUACUUUACAGAAGCAAUUAUUAGAUAGUGAUAAUUUCCCCUUUCAUCAACAAUGUUACUAUCUCAAAAGUUGGAACUUUCACCUC